AUGAAGCUUACGCCUGAAGUUCUCGCGGCCGCUCAGAGUUAUAUUAACCCUCUCAAGGACCGCGAGCUGAACCUUCGAGGCCAUAAAAUUCCCGCCAUUGAGAACUUGGGUGUAACUCAUGAUCAACACGACACUAUUGAUUUUACGGACAAUGCCCUAACCUCACUGUCGAAUCUCCCCCGUCUCCAUCGUCUACAUACGCUGUUGCUCGCUUCGAACCGUAUCUCGCAUAUCGCACCCUCCAUUGCAACCUCGGCUCCUCGGCUAAGAACGAUUGUUUUGACGAACAAUUUAAUCACAGAAUUGGCCGACCUCAAGCCGCUGGGUACUCUCAAGCACCUCGAGUUCCUGACAUUGUUGGGAAAUCCAGUCAGGGAGAAGAAGAAUUAUAGGGAAUGGGUUAUCUGGACAUGUGCAUCUUCUCUGAGGGUGCUCGACUUCCAGCGCAUCAAAGAUAAGGAACGAAAGUCUUGCAAAGCACUCUUCGUCACGGCGGAAGGUUUACCCACUGCGUUAGCGACCUCGAUCGAAGAGGCUGCUAGUGCCCAACCCACAGGCUUGACUUUCACCCCUGGUGGCGAAGAUAUCAAAGCAGAUGACAGACCUGGUCAAAAAGCUGGAGCAGCAGGUAGAUUGAUGACUGCAGAAGAACGGGCGAGGCUACAAACCGACCAGGAGGCUCCAUUCAUAAUUGGCGCACUAAUAGGAACGCAAACUGGGCGCGACAUUGAAAUUGUAAAUACGUUCGAACUCGUCCUUCGAGGAGACCAGAACGCGACAUAUGAUGGAAGUGCUUUGUCCGCCGAUGCAGGCCCAAAAAUUGACCACGACUUUUUAACAACCCGGCGUGACCAGUACAAAUCCGUAUUUCCUGCGUUGGAAUUUCUCGGCUGGUACACAUAUGCACCUGUCCCUAGCCAAUUACAUGCGGAUCUCAGUGAACAGUUCAACACAUACACCAGCAGCCCAUUGUUGCUUAUGUUAACUCCUACCCCCAAGGAGGCCCAAGGAUCUCAACUCGAGACAUUGCCGAUACUCGCAUUCGAACCAACAAUCGAAAUCAAAGAUCGAAAGUCCCGGACAGUCUUCGCAGAGGUGUCAUGGAGAAUCCAGACCGGGGAGGCCGAGCGCAUUGCAGUUGAUUGGACGGCUCGCGGCGGCGGAGGGGAGGACGACCUAACAUCGCAUCUCCAAACCCAACGAGCGGCUUACAAGAUGCUUCACGAUCGAAUUGUUGUGCUCGUUCAAUAUGUUGCCGAUACCCUUGACAGCAAGGCACCCAAGAAUCAUGAAGUUCUGCGAGCUCUCGCUGCCCUGGUUGCGUCUCUUCCUGCAAGUGAAAGUUCUGCAUUCCGCGAUGAGUUUAGUACAGAAUAUGCUGAUGUCCAACUCACGACCUACCUUUCGUCUUUGACCAAAACGGCAUCAGUUCUCAAUGAUAUUGUUGACAAGCAUAUCCUUAUCGCUGGUCGAGGGGAUGAGGCUGGCCGAGGCUCGCGUAGACGCGGAAUGAUGGGUGGGCCAAUGGGUAGCCUGACCGGCAUGGAAUGA